AUGUCCCCAAGGCCUUCGUGGGUGCCCUGGCGGCGAGUGUCCCGCCUCUGUGUGGCACGGGUGGUGCUGAGGGCUGUUCGCUUUUUGUCCUUUGAUUCUGAGCUUUUGUUUCCACGCGGCCAGGAGGGUUCAUGCCACGCUGGCCACCGUGGGAUCAGAGAGCAGACCCGCUUCCGUGGUGGGAUUGCAGCACAUCAGGAAAUAACAUCUUUACUCUCACUUUAUGGUGGGCAGUUCAGCGGUGAGCAGGAAAUUCGUGUGAAUUCUCCGUUUUGGAUUCUCAAUAUUUCUUCAGAAGAGAUGGCAAGGGGACUAAUGAAACGGACAGUAUGUGCAAAGUCUAUAUUUGAACUGUGGGGCCAUGGAAGAUCUGCGGGUGAGCUCUAUUCAUCUUUGAAGAACUAUCCAAUGGACAAGAUGCUUCCAUACCUACAGCCAGACUCUACUUACAAAGUACAUAUUCAUACAUUUAAUAAAACGCUGACCCAAGCACAGAAAAUAGAAAAGAUAGAUGCCCUUGAAUUUCUGCCAUUCAAAGGAAAAGUAAAUUUGAAGAAUCCAGAACACAUCUUCUGGAUUUUGGAAGAUUAUGGAAUGGACCCUAAUAAUGUUCCAGAAGAGCCUUUUCGUCUGUAUUUUGGUAGAUGGAUUGCAGAUGGCCAAAGAGAACUUAUUGAGUCCUACAGUGUGAAAAAGAGGCACUUUAUUGGAAACACCAGCAUGGAUGCCUGCCUGUCGUUCAUUAUGGCAAACCAUGGGAGAGUAAAACCCAAUGAUGUUGUGUAUGAUCCGUUUGUUGGAACAGGUGGCCUUCUUAUCUCCUCAGCACACUUCGGAGCAUAUGUAUGUGGUACUGAUAUAGAUUACAACACAAUCCAUGGAUUAGGCAAGGCAAGCAGAAAGAACCAGAAAUGGAGAGGUCCAGAUGAAAAUAUCAGAGCUAAUCUCCGACAGUAUGGUUUAGAGAAAUAUUACCUUGAUGCACUAGUUUCUGAUUCUUCAAGACCAAUAUGGCGAAAAGGGAUGCUGUUUGAUGCAAUCAUUACAGAUCCACCGUAUGGUAUCAGAGAAGCUACUCGCAGAACGGGUUCACAAAAGGAAAUGGUAAAGUCAGCUGAAAGAAGCACAGAAAAUCCCAUCUUCGUUUCAUCCAAUUAUCAUCUAAGUGACAUCUUUUUUGACCUAUUGAAAUUUGCGGCAGAAUAUCUGGUGAUGGGAGGAAGAUUAGUUUACUGGCUGCCGAUAUACAGGCCUGAAUACACUGAAGAGAUCAUUCCCCGCCACCCAUGCCUGAAACUUAUUAGCAACUGUGAGCAGAUGCUUUCCAGCCACACAUCAAGGCGCCUGAUAACCAUGGAAAAGGUGAAAGAAUUCAAGGAUCAAGAUCAGAAUUCUUACUUAUUGGAUGGUCAAUAUAUGCCAUACAGGGGACACAAUUCAUUUCGUGAGAAGUAUUUCAGUGGUGUGACAAAGAGGAUUGCCAAGGAAGAAAAAGACAAUCAGAAGUAAAAUAUAAUAUAAACAGAUUAAAAAAUGAGGAAAGCUUGAAGAUUGUGUUUCUUUGUAAAGGACAUCUGGAUGUGGACAUUCAUUUGGAUGCUUCACAAAAAUAAAUACUGCUUUUAAUUUUAAAACAAGAUGAAACCCACAACACAGGUUGAGAGCAGUGCUUUUUAAUUAGCUUUGUUUGUAGCAGAUUUUAUUGUAUAACUUUUUUUAGUCUUAUUUAAUUUAUAUUUGUACUUUCAAGUACUAAUGAUGAUUGACUAAAAUCAUUAUUAUUGUUCUUUCACCAUUAACACUUACAAAAAAGUAGUAGUAUUAUUUGGCUUCUUCAACUGUGAACAUCUGUCUGUUUUAGAAACAUGUGGUGGUGAUCAAGGAUUGCUUAUUAAGAAGGUGAUUUUCAUUUGUUUUGUUUUUUUGUAAAUGGUAUACAAUAAAACAGAAAAGAUUGUUGUGA